UCAUUGUGUCGGAGUUUCAGUAGUCGUAACUUGUUGUGGUAUUAUUAACAAAUUUUUAACAAGACGUAUAAUUUCUUUUAUGGGAAUGAUUUGUCGAUUGUGCUUGCGAAAUAUAACUCAGGAAAAUGCGAUAUAUUUAUUUGAGUCUCCCCAUACGGAAUCUAAACUAAUUAAACUUAUAACAAAGUAUUUCCACUUGGAGGUAGCGGAAGAUGAUCCGAUAUCGACUUUAUUGUGUGAAGAUUGCGGUGAUCAUUUGGAAGAAUUCCAUAAGUUUUGGAUAUUUGUGGAUUUAAAACAGAGCUCGUUGGGCAGUGAGUUUCUUGACGUAAAAUGUAACAAAGUAGAAGAUGUUACACCGGUAUUAAUCGAUGUUACGGGAGAGAACAUUGAUAAUCAAGAAGAAAUACUCUUGGAUUUGAAGGAUAUAUCUGCCCCACAUGAAACCUAUAGCAACAUCUUCGACUUAGCAACAACCUCCGAAAGUAUAAAUGUUAAGCCAGACAUCAAAUUUGAUUUGGAUGAGCAAUGUGUAAAUGUAGUAGCGGAAGAUGAUUGGAGAAAUGACAACGAGUCGAUUGAAGAUGAUAUUCCAUUGAUAAAUUUGAAGGAAAAAAGUGAAAAUAUUUCAAAGCCCACAAAACACAAUGUAAAAAGUUAUGCUCGUGUUAAGAACAUCAAACGGAAAUUUAAAAAGGUUGAUUUCCGUCCAGUAAAAAACGUAUUGAGGAAAGAAGCUUCGAAAAUAAAUAAUGAAAUUAUUGGAAAUUUUAUGUUGCUGAACUGUGAUAUAUGCGGUUUAUGUGUUGAGACUUAUAACGAUCUCCGUGUACAUUUCACACAAAUCCAUAAAAGCACAGCGUUUGUAAAGUGUUGUGGUAAAACAUUCCAGAAACCAAGUUUGCUAGCAGAGCACGUUCAGUGGCAUACAAACCCCAGUAAAUUUAAAUGUGAAGAUUGCGGGAAACAAUUGAAGUCAAGUAAAUGUUUGGCAAGUCACAUUAAAAUAAUUCACUCAAAAAAGGAAGUUAAUCACGAAACUGUUUGCUGUCAUAUUUGUUCUAAAGUAUUUCGCGGACAAAAAUGUCUCGACAAUCAUAUAAGAAAACAUGAAGACAAUAGAGCAUACAGCUGCGAAAUAUGCACGAAAAGCUUUGCAACACCUCAACGCUUGCGCAAACACAAAGAGGCCAUACACGAGGAUCUUCAUCGGCACAUAUGUGACGUAUGUGGUAAAGCAUUUAAAUUUAAGCCAUCUUUCGAACGCCAUGUGCUUGAGCAUCAGGGAAUUAUAGAACCACCUGUACAAUGUGAUAUUUGCGGAGAAUGGUCAAAAAAUAAACACGUCCACCGAUUACACCAGUUCAAACACAAUAAUACCGACGCAGACUGUAAGUAUUGUGGACGCAAAUGUCGCUCACGCACCGCCUUAAGAGGUCAUAUUAAUUAUAUGCACAAGAAGAAAUACGAUUUACAAUGCAGCUUUUGCGACAAAACUUUUAAAGAGAGCAGAAACCUAGAAGAGCACAUGGCUACACACACGGGAGCGCAAUUGUACUCUUGUCCACACUGCUCAAAGGAAUGCCGCUCAAAAUCUAAUAUGUACGUUCAUAUAAAACGUAUGCAUGCAAACGAAUGGAUCCAAUCCAAAAUGGCGCGUUCAAAUGAUCCAAAUUUGAAGGGAACUCAAAAUAAUGUAAGCUGAAAUUACCUGCGUAUUGGAAAGCUGUUCGUAUUUAAACAAUGUUAUAUACCGUAGCUUAUUUAAAUAUAAAGUUGAUAAAGAUUA